AUGCCCCAAGCAGGGUACCCAGGCUGCAGAGGUGCCAUGGCUGAGUCACACCUGCUGCAGUGGCUGCUGCUGCUGCUGCCCACGCUCUGUGGCCCAGGCACUGCUGCCUGGACCACCUCAUCCUUGGCCUGUGCCCAGGGCCCUGAGUUCUGGUGCCAAAGCCUGGAGCAAGCAUUGCAGUGCAGAGCCCUAGGGCAUUGCCUACAGGAAGUCUGGGGACAUGUGGGAGCCGAUGACCUAUGCCAAGAGUGUGAGGACAUCGUCCACAUCCUUAACAAGAGGGCCAAGGAGGCCAUUUUCCAGGACACGAUGAGGAAGUUCCUGGAGCAGGAAUGCAACGUCCUCCCCUUGAAGCUGCUCAUGCCCCAGUGCAACCAAGUGCUCGACGACUACUUCCCCCUGGUCAUCGACUACUUCCAGAACCAGAUUGACUCAAAGGGCAUCUGUAUGCACCUGGGCCUGUGCAAAUCCCGGCAGCCAGAGCCAGAGCAGGAGCCACGGAUGUCAGACCCCCUGCCCAAACCUCUGCGGGACCCUCUGCCAGACCCUCUGCUGGACAAGCUCGUCCUCCCUGUGCUGCCCGGGGCCCUCCAGGAGAGGCCUGGGCCUCACACACAGGACCUCUCCGAGCAGCAAUUCCCCAUUCCUCUCCCCUAUUGCUGGCUCUGCAGGGCUCUGAUCAAGCGGAUUCAAGCCAUGAUUCCCAAGGGUGCGCUAGCUGUAGCAGUGGCCCAGGUGUGCCACGUGGUACCUCUGGUGGCGGGCGGCAUCUGUCAGUGCCUGGCUGAGCGCUACUCCGUCAUCCUGCUCGACACGCUGCUGGGCCGCAUGCUGCCCCAGCUGGUCUGCCGCCUCGUCCUCCGGUGCUCCAUGGAUGACAGCGCUGGCCCAAGGUCGCCGACAGGAGAAUGGCUGCCGCGAGACUCUGAGUGCCGCCUCUGCAUGUCCGUGACCACCCAGGCCGGGAACAGCAGCGAGCAGGCCAUACCACAGGCAAUGCUCCAGGCCUGUGUUGGCUCCUGGCUGGACAGGGAAAAGUGCAAGCAAUUUGUGGAGCAGCACACGCCCCAGCUGCUGACCCUGGUGUCCAGGGGCUGGGAUGCCCACACCACCUGCCAGGCCCUCGGGGUGUGUGGGACCAUGUCCAGCCCUCUCCAGUGUAUCCACAGCCCCGACCUUUGAUGAGAACUCAGCCAUCCAGCUGCAAAGCAAAAGCCAAGUGAGACGGCAUCCGGGACCAUGGUGACCAGGCUCUUCCCCCUGCUCCCUGGCCCUCGCCAGCUGCCACGCUGAAAAGAAGCCUCAGAUCCCACACCGCCCUCCUCGCCACCCUUCCUUGGGAGUCACUUCCACUGGUGGACCACAGGCCCCCAGCCCUGUGUUGGCCUUGUCUGUCUCAGCUCAACCACAGUCUGACGCCAGAGCCCACUUCCAUCCUCUCUGGUGUGAGGCACAGCGAGGGCAGCGUCUGGAGGAGCUCUGCAGCCUCCACGCCUACCACAGCCUCCCAGGGCUGGGCUCAGGAGAAACCAGCCACUGCUCCACAGGACAGGGGGUAGAAGCUGAGCCCCGCCUCACACCCACCCCCAUGCACUCAAAGAUUGGCUUUUACAGCUAUUUGCAAUUCAAAAUUCAGAAGAAUAAAAAAUGGGAACAUACAGAACUCUAAAAGAUAGACAUCAGAAAUUGUUAAGCUUUUUCAAAAAGUCAGCAACUCCCCAGCGUGGUGGAGGGUGGACACUGCACGCUCUGGCAUGAUGGGAUGGCGACCAGGCAAGCUUUCUUUCUCGAGAUGUUCUGCUGCUUGAGAGCUGUCGCUUUGUUAAGAUACAAAAAGGGGUUUCUUUUUGUCUUUCUGUAAGGUGGACUUCCAGCUUUUGAUUGAAAGUCCUAGGGUGAUUCUAUUUCUGCU